AUGGCUGAAAGCGAAUCAUCAUGUGUUUCAUCAUCAACAUCAUCAUCGGCUGAGAGAAAUCAACACGUUCCCAUCCUUUCUCUACCAGAAGAAGUACUUGAAUUUAUCUUCUCCUAUCUGGGUAUUGUUCCGUUAAUGAGAAGCGUUUAUCCUUCCUGUAAGAAAUUUAACGAAAUCGUUAGUGAUGGAAAAGCGUACUGGAACUCGGUAGAGUUAUUCCCUUGGAAUGAAGGCUUUGUGGAUGAUGACAACUUUAAACUUUAUGAUUUUGAUGAUCCAAAGAAGAAACCACGUUCAAUUUCAUCAAAAGCCUGGAUCAUGUUGUUUGAAAUGAUUGUUGCCAAGUUCGGAGAUAAAUUCCGUGAUGUUGGCCUUUUCUUCUCUACUGAUGGAUUCCCUUGCACACCCGAAGCUUUUGAACUUGUCAGCAAACAUUGUUCAAAUAUUAGAUCUCUUAAAGUUGAUGCUGUUACUUCUGCCAGAGAUGCCAUGACUUCUACUUUGGUCAAGGUUAUUUCCAACUGUUCUGCCACUCUCCAAGAGUUAACUAUCCAAGGAGGUUUUCCAAAGAAUGAUUUUGUGCAAAUUUCACAAAUUAUUGCUCCAACCAUUAAAGCACUCUAUAUUGAAGAAAAGGAAGAGACCAAUAGUUUGAGUUUGAGUGUUAAUGGACAAGAAGAAAUCAUGUACAAAGAAAUAGAACACUUGUACUUGGGAAGUAUCCGAUGUGACAAGGCUCUCUUCAGAAGAUGUUUCAAAGAGAGUACCAAGUUAAAGUCCAUUGUAUUUGAUCAAUGUUAUUUGAAUAUUGAAGCACUGACAGAGUUUUUGGCAAGCAGCGAAGCCGCAAGCAACAUUCAACAUUUAGAAAUCUUGUACUGCACCCUUGACACAAAUGUCAUCCCAAGCAUGAACAUGUGGAGUCGAAUUUUUGAAAAGUGUACCAAUCUUGUCAACGUUAUGGUUUACGCCUGUACUGCUGGAACAGAAAAAGGAAACAAUAUUGAUUUGUGCUUUAGAGAUGAGGAUAUUACUGCAUGUAUCGAUAAGUGUAAAAAGUUGGAAGUGAUUGAUAUCCGUAACUGCAAUAAUGUGGAUGGAAAAUUCUUUAAAGAGCUUCCCAAGGCAAAACGACUGGAAACACUCAUUGUGGAAUCAAAGAAUUGGAAUUUGUCGAAUGUUCUUCCAGAACAAAACUCUCCAGUUUAUAGUCGUUCUUUGAAGAAUUUAUGUAUGUACGGAGAGAAGUGUGAUAGUUCUUUAGAGAAGCCAAUUGCUGACAUGUUCCCCAAGCUUGAGUUUGUUCAUCUUGACAAAUUUGCAUAA